AUGACCAAGUCCACCAGCCGAGCUGCCACUGCCACGUCCGGCAAGAAGGCGCCCAAGCCCGUCAAUCCCGUUAUCAAUCUCUACUUGUUGGCCUACAACUGGGCUUCGUUCGCCGCAUGGUCCUAUGUCCUUCUGCAGACAGUCAGGACUCUGCUUGCCACGGGAAACGAUUACACCAAGGUCUAUGCCGUCGUCGGUGAUCAGCUCGUCUGGGUCCAGACUGCUGCCCUGCUCGAGGUCUUCCACUCACUCUUUGGAUUCGUCAAGUCGCCUGUCGGUACCACUGCCAUGCAGGUCGCUUCUCGCCUGUUGCUUGUCUGGGGCAUCUGCACUCUGUUCCCAGUGCCAGAGGUCCGUUCAUACUGGGCAUUCACGACCAUGACGAUUGCCUGGUGCAUUACAGAGUGCAUUCGUUACGCUUACUAUGCCUUGAACCUGGUCAACCUGGGCCCCUCCUGGCUGGUUUGGUGCCGUUACACCUUCUUCUAUUUUCUCUACCCCAUUGGCGCUGGAAGCGAGGCUAUUGAGAUCUACCAGGCCCUUCCUUUUGCCCACACCGUCCAUCCAGGCUACUACUACUUCCUGUGCGCCAUGCUCUGCAUCUACCCUCCUGGCUUCUUCGUCAUGUACACCCACAUGAUCGGCCAGCGCAAGCGCUAUCUGGGACCCGCCAAGGCCAAGAAGACUCAAUAA